ACUCAGGUCGGUCUCGGUCUAUGGGGAAGCGGAGCCAUAACUUAUAAGCGCCUAUCGAGUACCGACGUGCUUUUGCAAGCGCAAGGUGAGGAGAGAGAGCGAUACGACCCGUCUCGUCUCAAUUAGAAGAAUCCAAGGCGACACGACACGCACGCCAGGAGCCAGCGAGUCCAAAACCAUCCGUCAAAAGAGGAAAUAAUGAAUGAACCGAAAUUUCUGAGCGAGGAAAAUCAAGUAGAACUACGAAUUUUCCCUUUUUAUUCCACCCUCCCUUCCGGUCGUUGUGGGAGGGAUUUCAAAAUCCAAUCCCUUCGAAGGGCUCUGAAGAAUGCAACAGUGCCUCUGUCAGUCAGACCCAGAUAGAUGACUUCUCCUUGAUUAGUAAUUCCUCACUCACAGGUAUGGAUUUCUAGGGUUUUGUUUGUUCGUUUCCCCAAACCGAUCCAAAUAGAUGGAACCCUGAAGUAUUAACCCAUGUUCUUGUCUGUAGCUUGAGAGAUCUUCGACUAGCUGGUAUUUUGUGGGUGUCAUGAUUGAAGGGGAAUUAGGGUUUUGUACAGUGUUUUUUACCCCAGCUUGCUUCACAAUUUUGGGGUUUAUUUGGUGUAUUUUUACCUCUUUCGUGUUGGCGUUUUUUUUUUUUUUUAAAUCAUUAGCUUUCGUGUGCUUGAUUUUUGAAAAACCUUCAAAAAGUUACGAUCGAUUGAAAGCAUGGAGUUCUGGAAUUAAGAAAGAAAUAAGAGAUUAGGGGAAUUUUGGGUUAUUGGAUUGGUUUGGGGAUGGCCGAUGCGGGAAAUGAAGACCAAAACAGGAGAAUGGAUUUGAAUUUGUAUCUGGGUCUUCCUCGUUCACCACGUCGUCGAGAAUUGGAUCUUGGGUCUGAUCUUGCUCUAGGCUCGCUACCCGUGUCAGGCGAGGCAGAAGUUCGUGGAUCAACCGAGAUGUCUGGUUAUGCAGGGCUCUCAGAUUCGCAUGCGCCCUAUUCCCCAUCACAUGCUUCACACUCCCCGAGUCCGCAGGCUGUUGAACCUCUUGACCGAAAUGAAAACUCAUCUUUCACCUAUCCUGAUUACUCUCCUCCGUCGCCGUCUUUUCCGUCUGCUUCUCAAGCGAUGCAACCUGGGGUUGAAUCUCUAGUUGGAGUAAGCAGGUCCCAUCCCGAGUAUAGCCCGUACUCGCCAUCCUAUGAUCCUGUUAUUCCAACAGCAGAAGCUCGCCUGGAACCUGCAGGACAGGGCGUAAAUGAUCCGAUAGACCAUGCUCCUUAUUCUCCAUCGUACGCUCCAGUGUCCGCAUCUGAGCAUGAAGACACUGAAACUGUGGUCCAUGAGGGUGGAAAUCAUGUGGAGUAUGUUCCAUAUUCACCCUCUUACGUGCCUGCAUCGUUGUCGCCCCCAGGUCCUUCAAGUGAACCAUUGAUCCAGGAAGAAAAUCCUCAUGUCCCCUAUAUCCCAGUUAGUCCAUCUGACCAGACUCACCAUGGCCAGUCUAGUGGGUUGGUACCUGAAGUAACAGGGUUUGGUGCAGAACAGGUAACUGCACAGGGUAGAGAUACUCCAGUUGGGGAUGGUUCUUUGCAGCGAGAGCUUCUUCAAUAUCCAGAGUUUCGUAUCCGGAGAUUGAUUGAGUUGAGCCGCAGAUGGGGGGUUAGGAGGUUCAGAUCCACAGUUCCUUACAAUCUCAGUCCUAACCUAGAUGCAAUUUCCUCAGAGAGCCAUGCUUUUCGCACUAUGGCAACAACUGAGGAAUCUAAUGAAGCAAAUGGUGAGAAUGAGAAAACAAGUUUGGAAGGCAGUGCUGCUCAGGAUAUCAAAGACGGAACGAAGGAACAAAGUAGUGGAACCACGAGUUUUGAUUGCAAUAUCUGUUUGGAUGUGGCUAAGGAGCCAGUGGUUACUUCUUGUGGUCAUUUAUUUUGUUGGCCUUGUUUGUAUCAGUGGUUGUAUCUUCACUGUGACCAUAAGGAGUGCCCUGUAUGUAAAGGGGAGGUGAUUGAAUCAAAAAUAAUUCCUAUUUAUGGGCGAGGGAACUCUGAGAUGGGGGUUGAACAGAAGGAGCAGGAAGUGGGGAAUUCAAAUUUGAAGAUCCCUCCUAGGCCCCGUGGACACCGUUUUGAGAGUUUAAGGCAACAGAUAAGAAGACCACUAUCCCGAAGACUGGAAGAAAUUGGCUCAUGGAGGCUUAUUUUUGGUGAAGAAACACACAGUGGAAAUAGAGAAGGGCAAGAGGAGCCAAGCACACAGAGGAUUGUUGAUGGGGUUAGACGUAGCCGUAGAAUUGCCAGGUUUAUGGAAACUCAGCGGUUUCAUAUGGGGGAUGGUUUGGAAAGUAGAUUCAACUUGAGGGGAAAUGAAACAUCUAGAAAUGCUAUUGAGAUGGCUUUAAACUACACACAAAGUGGUAACUUGCCUCCUGAAGGGCUUCAUGGGAGUGAAUCAAGAAGUACACCGCCUGCUAUUGCACGACAUGGAAUUAGCUUCUGGCCUGGGCAUCCUUUUUACAGUGUUCCUAUUUCUGAGAGAUUGGCUGCUCUAGCUGCUGAUGUUGCAGGGAGGAUACAAGACAGUAGUAACCAUUCUGGUGCCUCAGCAUCUGUGGAUCCACAGGAUUCCAAUGCUAAUGUUCAAAGCACCAGAGAAGCAACAGUUGCUGCAGAUCAAGUUUCUGCUUCAAGCACAAUGGCUGUGAUACAGGGUGAUGCUGGGGUUCCUGUUGACGCCCCGUCAGAGCCGAACAGUGGGAGUUCUUCUCGUAGCUUCAGACGAAGAAGGAGAAAUAGUGUGUCUGGAUCUCUAGAUGUAGAUGGAGGUGUUCAUCAUGUGCGUAAAAGGAGAAGACUAAACUAAAUUUGAAUUUUAUUACAGAAUAACAAUAUCCAAAUAAAAUUCUUAGCUCUUUUGUUUGUGAUAUGGGUACAUGAGUUGUCUUCUAGAGGAUGUACCAUAAAUUAGUUUCAAAUGAUACUGUAUGAUGUUGUUGAUCAAUGUAAUUGCAUUUCAUUUUCAUCUUGGUUA